UUGGUGUGGGUGUAUUGUCGUACGAUUACAUACAGCGUGAUACAGCUUGAUACAGCCGUGGCUGCCUGAAACCUGCCACCCGAUACGGCGCCAAUACACGCUCCAACCUGAGUCUGUCUGAUCCAAGAGCACAAAACAAAUCCUCCCGACAAGUCACAACUCAACUUCUGGCCUGAUCAGCGAUUAUUCCACCGUGACCUUUUGAUGAUAUCCUGCAGCCUGGCUCCAAGGGAAUAGAUAAAUAAAUACACUCAACUACCACUGCUCUAUCCAGCUAUCUCUGCUUCACCUCUCCCUCUCGUCCCGACAACGCACCGCUUUCUCUCACUGACCGGCUGGGGCAUUUAACUGUUGCUUGCUACAGAUGGCUCCUCCGCCUCCUUCCACCCUGCCCUUGGGCGAGCGUUUGAAGCUGCUCGCCCAGACCCUACAGUUCGGUUGGUUUCUUGGACACCUGGCAUUGAUUCUUGCUGUCUUCCGAUACUUCCUUUCCUACAUUACAUUCAACUACUACUCAGGCAUGGCCAGAUAUUCAUAUCGUUUUGCAUUCAUAUCCGCUGCCGCUACAUAUGGAAUUGUCGUGUAUAAAGCAUAUAUUGCCCGUGGCCGUCUUGGAGGCUCCAUCCCUGCCACUGCCAUCAAAUUGGCCGGUGACGAGAAUGUCCAAUAUUUAUUCAUGGCGCUCGUAUGGCUCUACUCCCGCCAGAUCCCAAUCGCCCUCCUACCCUUCGCUAUCUACUCCGUCUUCCACGUAGCAACCUACAGCCGCACCUAUCUCAUCCCAACCCUCCAACCCGCCAAACCAGUCGCACCAGGCGAAGCAACCUCCCCAUCCGGCCGCCCCGCCACAAGACAAUCCCCGCUCGCCGAAAGCAUCGGCCGCUUCGUCAAGAGAUACUAUGACGCUAGCAUGGGCCUCGUGGCCGCCUUUGAAAUGACCCUCCUAUUCCGCCUCGUCGGGUCCGCCCUGACCUUCUCAAGCGGCAGCUGGGUGCUGCUGAUCAUAUACUUCUCCUUCUUCCGCUCCCGGUAUGCGCAGAGCUCAUUUGUGCAGGGCACCGUGGCCCGUGCGACUGCCCGUGUUGAUGCCGCCAUCUCUCACCAGAAUACCCCACCGCAGGUGAGACAAGGCUGGGAGAUGUUCAAGGGUGUUGUCCGGCAGGCCUAUGACGUAACGGAUAUCCGACGGUAUCUGGGUGGGUACCAGGGUGCUGCUGCGGGAGCUAAGAAGCCCCAGUAAAAAGUUUUUGAAAAAUAAUAAUAAUAAUGAUAAUAAUUUUGAUAAUUUUAUUAUUGUUAUUGUUAUUAUUAUUAUUAUUUCCGAACGGCCUCCCUCCUGACGCUACUCCUGUUUUCACUUUUCCGCAACCUCUCUCGGGAUCCGAAAAAGAAACAUAAUGAUGAUUGUACACAACAGCAGCAACCACGACGACACCUAUCUCCUAGCUCUCAGCAUGUUCCCUUUAUUUUUGUGUUUAAAAAGUCUUGGGGGACUCAUUUCCCUCCCGGUUUGUCGUUUGUGUGUACGGAAUACAGCCAUAACAUGACGCAUUACCACUUCGGACCCGGUUGCUGUGCAUGUGCAUGUCUAUGUAUAGUACAGGGGAAGGGUGAGGGGAGCAACCCUCCGCGGCGGCAUACGGACCCUCUUAAAUCGUAAAUGCAUGCAAGCGCACGCGUCAAAAUUAUCAUUAUCAUCCGGAGCCAGAGACCGGCUGACUUGGGGCCUUUCCCACUACCAGCGCCCACGCGGACGGAAUUCUAUUUUGCUUUCCUUAUCCUUUUCCUGUUCCCUUUUCAUUUUAAUUUUCAUUCUCAUUUUAUUCUUUUUCCCUCGCUUGUUUCUUCAUUUUGGCGGGAUAGUAUGGGGUUGGGGAUGUUUGUCACGCGACCACGGUGAACAUAAUAAGAAUAAUAUCUAUCUAUCUGAGUUUGAGUGCGAUGUUUGUCUUUUGAGUGUGCAGGGGACGGGUAGAAGGGAGUCAAAGAUAGGAAGAUAGGUAGGAGCGGUGUGUCUCUUCAACAAAACUUUGAAAAAAAUAUAUAUAAAAAGAAAACAAAAUAGCAAAGGGCCUGUACUUCUAGGCAUUCUCAUCAUUUCUUUCUGUUUUUUUGUUGUUUGUCGUGUGUGAUUUUGAUGUGAUUUGAUUUCUGGGUUUUUGAAGAAGCAGGGAGCCUGUUUACUGUUCUAUCCUACAUAUUCUUUUAUUUUUGUUACGUAUCCUUUUUUUUU